AUGCGAUGGCCGAAAGAUAAAGAAGGGACACUCAGUGAAGUGGGAUAUCUUUUCCUCUCGGGCGACGAGGAUGCUUUGGAACACGCGAGCCAGGAGAUCUCCAGACUUGCUGCUCAAGCCGACAGCACGAUCAGCAUAGAAGGAGCUAUCGGCAGCAACUUCUCUACAACACGACGUGACGAGGUAGCUGGCGCAAGGAACGAAACUGUAUGGAAAAGUUCCGAGGAAGAGCAGCGUCCAGCGUAUAUGAGGGAAUACUCACACAAGCACACAUACGAAAAUAUCCCGAAACCGAAGGAAUGGACGCCUGAUUCAUUCUUGGCCUACAUAACCGCCAUCACAAACGCAAGGAUUACUACGCAUGACAAGUAUAAGAUGUACGGUGCGGGCCCUGCUGCAGACAACGCGGCUCUCAAGCUCCUCUUCAGCGCAUUCACAGAUGAAUCUUCGAGACAUGCACGGUCGAGGCGCGCCUUCAAACAGGCGUUACGAUUUAUCGAGCUGCGUGGCAAUGCCUAUCGUAACCACGCCAGGGACCUUUUCCAGAGCCAGCGGGAUGCAACUUUUCCGAUGGAUACCGGCGUUUUCAACAUCAUGCUAGAAAACUGUGCCAAGUUAAAAGAUCUCCGCAACUUUCACGGCGUGUUAGGGAUGAUGAUUAGCUAUGGUUGCCAGCCAAACGCGAAAACAUGGGCGCUGUACAUGGAUAUGAUCGAGAGCAAACAAAUCAUUCAGCAUGUUCUUCGACUCAUGCACUCGCUUGGUCUGCUUUUGGAUCCCGGCGUCGUGCCACUCGUCACGAGGCAACUCGUCACGGAGGACAUGCGCAAGCUGGAACACAACUGGCCUGGAAUCCGCUCAUUCCUUGAGACACUGACCGCCAAAUACGGUACCGGCUGGUCAUCGAGGCCAGUCAUGCACGCCAUCAUGAACGAACUCGGACGCAUGGGCAAUUUCGCCUCAUGCUGCGACCUCUGGGACAUCAUGGCCGAGUCACGAAAUACCUUCCCUACUACGCUCACGCUCAAUACGAUGCUUCAACAUGCGAAAGCCCAACGCCAUCUCAUAUUCGCCACGGCCGCUUUGGAGAAGGCUCACAAGCACUUCGUCUUGAUGAACGAGCAAUCAUACCACAUACUCUUCUUCCUUGCCUUUAGGCUCGACAGGCCCAAUGCCAUGGGCGUCAUCUGGCGUUACGCUUGUAUAGCGGGCAGAACCAGCUCGGACAUGCGCAAUCAAAUCAGCAACUGGCGGUUCGGCGUCAAUCCGGAAAACGUUCUGCAGCACACCAUCGAGCCGAAUCCUAAAGCCCACGCGGCCCCCUCCGCUCUGCCGUCCUGGUUCGACCAGGACGUAACGGGGCCGACCCAAGUCAACGGUGCCCGGAUUAGCAAGGCUACGCACGAUUAUUUCCGGGAACACACAAUGCGGCCUUGGUACCCGCUCCAUCAACUUCUUUCGUGGGCUUGGGAAGCCGACGGUAAAAUCAUCGCAGCGGUCAAGAAGGCCAAGCAGCAGAGCCUGCAGCAUUCCCCUCCCACGCCACUGCGUACCGUCACUACGCCGGGAAUCAUGGUGACGUACCAACGAAACGGGAAGGGCUUACGGACGCAUCACAUGCAGUUGAAGAUUGAGCAUGUUGCAGCCACGGAUGACUUGCCACCGUCCUAUGUUGAUGGAACCGACCAAAUAUCAUCAUCGUCCGUGAACGAACACAAGACGACAAUAGUGCCGACUGAUGGUCUCACAAUACCAAUAUUGGCCAUGGAAGAUGGCCAGCCGCCAUCAUCUUUUGACCCAGACAGCCAACCAUCACCGCUUGUUGACAAUUACAAGACAACGAUAGUGCCGAUUGACGGCCUUACAAUACCGGCGACGCAAGACAUAUAG